CUCCGUUCGAGCACUCUCGGGGAGCUGAGCAGCAGGCGCUCGCCUUUUCGAUCAAACCCAUCGUCCCCUCGAGAAGAAGAAGCAGAAGGCGGGGGCAUUCCCGUUCUGAAAUCCGCGCGUCUCUCUGUUUUGGCGAAGGCAUGGAGGAACAGUUCAUUCUCAGGGUUCCGCCUUCUGUUGCCGAGCGAAUAGAACGACUUUUGAAUGAAGAUGCAUCUUCUUCUGAUGACAAGGAGUUAGAUUUAUCUUUCUCUGAGGAUGGGAGAACUGGAACUUUUGUUAUUGGAAAUGACCGUUUCACAGCCUCUCUGAUGGAUCUACCAACUGUUGUAGAGUCUUACAAGACAUUUGAUGAUACUAAUUUAAUUAAAACUGCCGACAUUGGUCAGAUGAUAAUGGUCAGAGAACCAGGAGAUCCUGCCCCAGAAGUGGUGGAGUACAGACAUGGUCUAACUCCUCCUAUGAGGGAUGCACGCAAGAGAAGAUUCCGCAGAGAACCUGACCUAAAUCCUGAGCUUGUGCAGCGUGUUGAAAAGGAUCUGUUGAACAUCAUGGCUGGUGGGACAGCAGAAAAUGCUGAUGUGGACAUGGCCGAGCAAGAGGAAGAUGAAAAUUCCCGCAAACCAGGCAAGAAAACUGCGCCUAAGCCCACUGCAAAACCCAAGGUGCCAGAGGCUGAGGCUAAUGCGAGGGAACCUGAAAGAAGCGAAUCUGACGAAUCUGAUGAAUCGGGCUAAUUUGGAUAUUUCUGUUUUCUCUUGCUAGACAGUGAGGUCUCAGCUAAUUCCGUGAGAGGUGGGACUGUUUGCUUGUAUAAUGGUGGCUGUCCCCUUCUUCAUUGCUACUACAUCAAACUAGUAAUACAAAUGUAUUGGGGGUUGGUACUUCUGGCAUGUUAGCUCAAAGUCUUUUACCCCGUGGUAUUUUGUAACCAAGUAAUUAUCUUGAAUAUAUGAACUAUUUCUC